GGCAAAGGAAAGGAACACGAUUGUAUGUCUGGGUACAGGAACUGGAAAAACGUUUAUAAGUGUCAUGCUUAUAAAAGAACUCGCUCAUGAAGUAAGAGGAAAGUACAUGCAUAAAGACGACGGGCGAAGAACUUUCUUCCUAGUAAAUACAGUUCUGUUAGCCAGUCAGCAAGCAAAAGUGAUCGCAAAUCAUACAGACCUGAGAGUCAAGUGUUAUGUGGGAGAGAUGGGUGUUGAUGGCUGGGAAAAGUCGAGAUGGGAAAGCGAGUUCAAUGACAACAACGUUUUGGUCAUGACAGCCCAGGUAUUUCUUAACCUACUAUCAGCUGGCUUCACAAAGCUUUCACAAGUGAAUCUCCUGAUCUUUGAUGAAUGCCAUCAUGCAAGGAAGAAUCAUCCAUAUGCGCAGAUAAUGGAGUUCUUCAAUAGAUCAAAACAAUUAAAACCAACUGAAGUAACUCCAUUACCCAAAAUUAUGGGUCUAACAGCCUCUGUGGUGAACGGGAAAGUAAAGCUACUCAGAAUCGAAUCAGAAAUAAAACAGCUGGAAUGCACCAUGUGGUCCAAGUGUGACACAACUUGUGAUGAGGAUGUUGAAAACUUUGCCACUAAACCCAAAGAACAGGUCCUAAGCUACUCAAAUGAAAUUAGUGAGGACUUAAAUAAGCUAAUUCAACACCUAUCACAGGUGUUAACGCAAGGAAUGGAUUUUCCUGGAGACUGUAAAGUGUCUAAUGAUGCACAUGGUUUUACAAAGUGGGCACUUGAGGAAUGUACCAGGACAUUGCAUGAACUGGGCCCUUGGGCUGCCUAUAUAGUUGCAGCAUAUCUAAUCAAUGAGUUAGGUGGAGUAUUUUUCAUAUCACUGACUUAUUUACUUGACACUAGCUUACUUACAUAUUUAAUUAAAUUACAAAAAAGCUUGCUGAUGCUUAAUUUUUUUAUUCCUAUUGUAGAAUCUGAUCCAGAGAAGAGGCUCUGCGCCAUUGUGUUUGUCGAAAAGCGAUACACAGCACUCAUCCUCAGUGAACAAAUUAACCAGGCUGCCAAACUGAACCAUGACCUAUCAUUUGUCAAAAGUAAUUUUGUGACUGGUCAUGGCACAGGUGGAAAGGUUAACUUCUCGAGUGAGACUGAGAUGAACUUCAAGAAACAGGAAGAAGUGCUUCGGAAGUUUAGAAGACAUGAGUUCAACGUACUGAUUGCCACUUCUGUUGUUGAGGAGGGCUUAGAUGUUCCAAAGUGUAAUGUUGUAUGUUGCUUUGACUUCCCAAAGAACUUCAGAUCUUAUGUUCAGUCAAAAGGGAGAGCUCGUGCCAGAGAUUCAAAUUAUUACAUGCUUGUACCCCAAGAACUGAAAGGGGAGAAAGAAAAUGACUUAGAGAUUCUGCGUGAAAUUGAGAAGAUCUUGUUUAAAAGAUGCCAUGACCGCACACAGCCAUCUAUGAGGGAGUGUAUUGAAUCAUUAGACACAGAUGCAUUCCAGCCCUAUGUACCAGAAGAUGGAGGAGGUGCUUGUGUGACAAUGAGUAACAGUAUUUCCAUACUUUCCAAGUAUUGUUCAAAGCUUCCGGGAGACCGGUUUACUCAGCCUACACCUGUUUACAAGAUUGAGGAAAUUGGGAAAGAUAGUUACAGUGUAUCUUCUGGACUUCAACAGGGUGAACCAAUGCGGAGUAAGAAGUAUGCCAAGAUGGCUGCUGCUUACGAAGCUUGUAUAGUGCUUCACAGAAAUGGCGAGCUCGAUGAUAACUUGCGGCCAAAACGCUCAUUGUCUGACGAUGAAAGUGAGUUAGAAGAAGAAGAAGAAGCAGCAGCAGCUGAGCCUGGCGGAAAUGAAUCUAAACCUGGAUCAAAGAAGAGAAAACGUCAGUACACGAGAAAGGUUCCUGAAGUAUUCGUCGGUAGCCUGGUACAGGAUGGUCAGUCCCAGUUCCUCACGACCAUCACCAUACAAGUCACAAAACUUAUUCAACCACAAGAGUUUGUUAUAAGUGAGCGACUGUUCCUCAACGACACUUGCACGUUUGGAAUGCUGACAAAUAAAAGAGUUCCUAGGAUGCGAUCGUUCAAACUGUAUCCUAACUAUGGCGAGGUCACAGUAUCCUUGCAGUGUCACACAUCUCCUUUGCGUAGGAACAACACCAAACAAGACCUGGACAUUCUCCGUGAGUUUCAUCUCUUUCUCUUCAGUCACGUUCUGCGCUCUCCUGUGGAAUUCACACCAGAAAGUAUGGAUGGUUACUUCAUUGUUAUGGUAAAGGAUUCUGGAAGGAGUGUUGACUUUGAUCGCAUGAGAGAGGAACUUUCGCGCGCACGCAAACAAAGCCGUGGAAAUGAGCCUAUCGUCGAAGACGCAGUAGUGACCAAAAACUACGUUCAAUGUUCACAAAAGUACGCUGUUUUGAAGGUUCGUGGCGACCUGACCCCCCUGUCUCCCUUCCCGGAAAAGUCACAGGGAAACACUUAUGAAGAAUAUUUUCGCCGUAAAUACGGAGAAAUGGGACGCAUUGCUGACAAAAAUCAACCUCUUGUUGAAGCGAAAGAGUUAUCCGGUAGAGUGAAUUUCCUGGUGGACCGAAAAGUAGGAACAAAACACAAGCGCCAAGUGAUUUAUCUUGUUCCAGAAUUGUGUAACCAGAUUCCCAUUCGCGCUUCUCUUCUUAGCGUGUCACAGAUUCUGCCAUCAGUUCUUCAGCGUGUAACCUCCCUCCUUCUCGUUGCCGAUCUCAAGACCAUGGUUGCCGGUGAAGGCGACACAACAGAUGAAUCAAGUCUCCCUCCUAUUGGUGCUGAAGAGGGCUCUCACCGACCCAAUCAAGCAGGAGAAGUUGAAGACGAUGGUUUGGAUCUUGAAGACAGUGAUGAUGCAGAGUCUGAAUUCCCGGGGCUUUUCUCCGACAUCAGAUCGAUGUUCCGUUACAUUCCAUCAUCUGUAAACCACCCCAACUCCUCUCUCGUUCUUCAAGCAGUUACCACCACCCAUAGCGGAGAUGCGUUUAAUUUGGAGAGGCUAGAGAUGUUGGGAGACUCAUUUCUGAAGCUGGCCGUGUCCCUUCAUCUCUUCUGCACAUACAGCGAUAAAGACGAAGGUAAGCUGACCCGGCGUAAGACAAACCAGAUUAGUAAUUUAGCGUUGUACCGAGCAGCCACUAAGAAAUCUUUGGGCGAGUAUCUCCAGAGCACGCAGUUGGCUCGCGACGUUUGGUGUCCUACGGGAUGUCAGUUUGGCGACGUACCACCGAAUCGCACCACAGAAGAGAGAGAAAAGAGAAAGAAGAGAAAACUUACUGCUACAGAGCAUGCGUCCCAGAAAUGCAUCACGCAAAUGAUAGGGGAUAAGUCCAUAGCAGACAGCAUCGAAGCACUGAUCGGAGCAUAUCUAAUAUCCGAUGGUUAUCUUGGUGCAUUGCGAUUCAUGAAGUUUCUAGGGCUAAAAAUUUUACCUGAGGUUGACCCCAACGACGGUAUUGAAUCGCUGGCAAAGAAUAGCAAAUCGGGUUGCUAUGCCAGAUUUUGGCCGGAUCAGACAAAUGUAACAGCAACGCAGGGUAAAGGAGACGUGGUUUUCCGCCUCACAUCAGGUCUGGAAAACUUUGAGAGCAAUUCAAUCUUGUACAAAUUUCAACAAAAGUUGUAUUUGGUAGAAGCGCUAACUCACGCGUCUUACCACGAAAACCGCGCGACGCCAAGUUAUCAAAGACUCGAGUUCCUCGGUGAUGCUCUGCUGGACUUUUUGGUCACGCAGCAUUUGUACUUCCGUCACGUUAACUUGUCACCCGGAGAUCUGACCGAUAUUCGACAGGCGUUGGUAAACAAUAACAUCUUUGCCACCCUUGCCGUAGAACACCACUACCAUAAGUAUCUGAAGCAUAUGUCUCCCAAGUGGUUCCAAACUAUGAAGGACUUCAUUGACAGAGUGUAAGACGAGGCUGAAGAGAGGAAACGCAAUCCCGAAGAAGAAGAAGAAGAAGAAGGAAUCGAGGCACCUAAAGUUCUUGGUGACAUCUUUGAAUCCGUUGCAGGGGCGAUAUUUUUGGACAGCGGUAUGGAUUUGACUAAAAUCUGGGGUGUGUACUACCGCAUGAUGGAACCCUGCAUCGAUCAUUACUAGAAGAAUAUACCGCGAAAUCCCAUCAGACUUGUCCUCGAGAAAGACAAGAAAGCCACCCUUGAUAAUGGAAAGAUCCAGGGUACUCUGAAGGUGUCGUGGGGAUCGGUAGAGUUCAAAGGAAAGGGAACGAACAAGAAGAUCGCUAAAAAAGCAGCGGCCAAAUAUGCUAUUAAAGCUCUGGAAAAGAAAACUUAGCAAGAACACGCCGCGGUAUAUCAGGAAGGUUAGGUUUCAGUGCAGGCCUUGAGGACAUCAAUCUUGCGACGAAGGUGCUCAACCUCGUUCUCAUGUCUUUUUGCCUUAAGCAAGGGAAAAGGCCAUGGGAACGAGGUUGAAAGGUGCUCCCUUAGAUUUGAUCAGUCCCUUUUGAGGCAUUUCUUUGAAGUAAGAUGGAGGAAGCUGUGGAAAUGGUUAAUACGACGUAGAUUUCUUAUAAGGCAGUGCAUAUUCUAUUUCGCGACAUAGGAAAUUAUAUGUUUCACGUGAUCGCCCCUCUCUGAAAGUACUAGCGAUUUUUCAGCUUCCGAAAUACCUUGGGCGAAUGGACAACAUUUAAAACCUCUUUAACUUGUGGGUGUCAUGGCGUCUUCGCUAUGAAUUUUAUGGAUAAGAGAGAAAACCGAACAAUCUGAUUGGCUACGUUACUCGUUAUCCAUGGUAAAGUGAGCUAAGUUGUCAUACACUAUUAUCCCAGCCUAGCCAGAGGAGGGUAAGUAAUCUUGUACCCUUAAAUUCUUCAGAGACUGAGAUAACCCUUUCAAACCCCUGCAUUGUAAAUUUGCGUGAGCUUUCAUGCAUUACUUCAGUUCUAAGAAUGUCCUGUUUUUGAAUUGGCAAAAGUGGCAUGUCAACAUGGCGGACGAAAAUUUUUGUCUCAAGCAGAUACCAAAACAGUAUCAUCAUUACCUGCUCAAGGCGAUAGAAUAUGAACGGGUAUGAAGAGAACAUAAACUGUCUAUAGCAUGUUUGUUGAGCCGAUAUGGCCCGAGAGACAUUGCGAUGAGUGGAUGAGUUUGAUGACUUUUCGGCACCGUAAAACAUACCUUUUCGUUGUCACGAUGUCUUGCGGGGCUUUGUCAGUCCAUGCGAGACUUUUCAGUUUGUUUUAGGAGUUACCUCAACGUCCGUCGCAUAGUUCUGGGUAUUAGGGACCUUAAGCAGUCAGGACGGCAACGCCAAGGAAGACUUCGAUUAAAAAAUGAAUUUCUACUCUUAGUUAGAAUUUCAAAAAUUGCUACAUUAGCUUACUAUCUCAUACGGCGCUACAGCUCAACUUCAGCAUGACGUAUAAAAGUAGCGUUGAGUUCCAAAUGGAAAUUAAAAUAAGUUGCCGUCGCGGU